AUGGGUAACAUUGGCAGGUCCAGUAGAGGUUGCACCCGCUGUCGCAAACGGAAGAUCAAAUGCGACGAAGGCAGACCAGGUUGCCAAAAAUGUGCCCAGCUACGCCAACCUUGCCCUGGAUAUCCUUUCCAGCUACAACUCCAGUUUCGAGAACCCCAAGCCGGUCCAUCUUCAGGCCCGGAAUUAAAAGAGCAAUCAACUGGUCCCCACUACCCUCAACCUCGACCCAUCAUCAUCGCAGCCCGAAAGGCGGGCUCAGAAUACCCGGCCAAAGUCAAGGCCGAGGACGACGCAAGCGAAACUGCGUUGCAGAACAUUGCGCCUACCCAACGGUCAAUAUCGCCCCCAUUACGCUAUGACAUUCCACAUCAGUCGAUGUGCUUCUUCCUCAACCUGUUCUGCUUCCAAGCAGGCCGCCUCUACUCCUUCCCCGUCCUUGAUUUCUUACCGGAUAUGCUUCGGACCGCGGAAGACGGUUCUUGCGUCAAGAAAGCCGCCAUGGCAGUGUCUCGCAUGACGUUAGCUGAUAGAUAUAGUGGCAAAGACGUGAGGCUGCAAACCGGCCGAGAAUAUGGUCAAGCCCUGCGCCUAACCAACGCCACGAUUCGUGACACAAAGGCAAGCAUACAAGACGAGACAGUACUUGCGGUUUGGCUUCUUGGACUUUACGAGAUGAUUAGUGUUGUGCUCACUCACGGACGCACAAACGCCGAUUCCCCAACACUCGAGGAAGAAUGGCAGGCACACCUAUUGCAUGUAAGAGGUGCCAUGAACCUGUUGCGCCUUCGAGGGAUGUCCCAGUUCACCACGGCCCGUGGAGAGAAAAUCUUCCGCAUCCUAAAAGCGGCCAUUCAAAUGCGACUUUUCAUAUUGACUUCGGUCUUCUCCAAAGACUUCGACAACCUUGAGAUUGACAUGUACCAGGACGAACACGAGUUCGUCCCUUCUCCAACAGCAAACAGAGCAUCUGCGUACUUUCACCGAGUUGCCCGGUUACUGGAAAAAGUCAAACAGUUCCUGGCUCAAAUUCCUUUGCAACCAGAGAAGACCAGGGCCAUGGCGGAAUUGUUCUUGGAGAGCGGUGAGACUGUAGACGAAGACAUGGCAGGCUGGAGCAAGGAUGAACCUGGCUGGGAUAUGAUGAGGGUUCGAGCUCCGACAGCCGGCACGAUGUGGGCUCUCUAUCCGUCACACGCCCUCUAUUAUUUCUACAGCUUCUGGGUUUUCUUGUACUGGCUACGAUUCCUCGCUGCUCGGUACAAACUGUACGAGGGCCUUAUCGAGCUGUUGAAGCUUGAUGUUGCGCAGUCUUCUGCAGAACCUCGGACAGUGCCCACCAGCGUUGACAUUCGGAUGUCAAAAUACCGCACCAUCAUUCAGAUGACCGCAUCCGAGCUGAUUGGUCUAACGGCAUAUGCUCUGGGAGACGUGACACCUACUGGCGCCUUCAAUUCAUCUAUAUCUGGCCAGCAUCCUAGGCAGGGUUUCCAGGAAAUAAACGUUGUUGCUGCGAUGCAGCUUGUCCUACCACUGAAGAUGUUGCAGCGAUCUGAAUACCUCACGGCCACCCAGAAAGGCGCGGUCGAUCUGGCAAUUUCGCAUAUCGGCGACGGGUUCCGACGGCAACCAUUGAUGUUCCUUUGA